AUGGGCAUCGGUCUGCUGCUGAUCACAGGUUUUUUCACGCUGGCCUCUGGCCUCUCUCUGCGCUAUCACUUUGUAAAUGAGUCCAGGAACUGGACAGAAGCCCAGAGGUACUGCAGAGAGCAGUACGAUGACCUGGCCACGGUGCAGAACAUGGACGACAUGAACCAGUUGGUCGCAUCUGUCAACGGCAGUUACAACGGCUCGGCCUGGAUCGGACUGUACAACGUCAUAAAUCCAUGGAGGUGGUCCCUGGAUGACCGCAACUCCGGCGGUCCUACGGAACUCACUUACACCAACUGGUACCCUGGACGACCUCUGGACGGACAGUGCAUUUGGAAGCUAAAGCCUCUGUACAACGGGCUCUGGUCCGACGUCGGCUGUGACGUUCUUCAGUAUUUCAUUUGCUAUGAUGGGAGAGAUAGCGCUGUCCAGCCUUACGUCCGAAUAGCGCUGUUUAUGAACUUCACUGAUGCUCAGAGUUACUGCCGGCAGCACUACACUGAUCUCGCCAGCGCCAGAGACGUGUCUGAGGACCUCAUGAUCGCCAGCAUUCAGACCAGCCACCAUUUCUAUAUCGGCCUGUACAGGACCAACACUCUCACGUGGUCAGACGGGAGUAACUCCACUUUUAGAUACUGGGCUGCUGGGCAGCCACAUUUGUAUCAAGGAACGCCGUACUGUACCGCUACGUCAAUUUACGACUCCGGAAAGUGGACAGAUAAUUACUGCACGGACACUCGGCCUUUCGUGUGCCACAGCGUGAAGACAGAUCCUGUGGUUGGACUGAGGGUGGCGUUCAGGACGUGGAGGAACCUGUCAGAGUCUGAGAUCAGGGAUCUGGUGUCUCAGAAGAUUAAAGAGCAGCUGGUCAUUGGGGGACUUCCUGACAUCAUCACUGUAAACGUGACACGAAUCAAUAAACGCAGCCCCUGAGGGAAACACUCAGACUCCG